AGUAUGCUAGAAGGUGGGAAAGGACAUUAUGUUACAAUUAAGCAUAUUCCACGAAAUAAACCAAUUUUAUGAUGAGACUUUUAGGCAUAAUGAAAGCUGCCUUUAACAUCGCUUUUCAGAUAUACCCAGCAUCCAACAACUGCACAAAAUCAGACCAAUGGAAGAAACGAGCAGCAAAAAUUGAAUUGAAUGAAACCCAAAAACAAGAAAUUAAAAAGGCCUUUGACUUAUUCGAUGUUGAUGGGUCUGGAACCAUAGAUGUGAAAGAAUUGAAGAUUGCAAUGCAGGCCUUAGGAUUUGAACCAAAGAAAGAAGAAAUUAAAAAAAUGAUAGCUGCAAUUGACAAAGAAAGAACUGGCACCAUCAGUUUUGAAGACUUUUUUGCCAUAAUGAGUGUAAAAAUGAGUGAAAAAGAUGAAAAGGAAGAAAUACUGAAGGCUUUCAAGUUAUUUGAUGAUGACAACACUGGAAGUAUAACAUUAAACAAUGUCAAGAAGGUUGCUAAGGAACUAGGAGAAAAUUUAACAGAUGAUGAGCUUCAGGAAAUGCUUGAUGAAGCUGAUCGUGAUAGGGAUGGAGAAAUAAAUGAGGAAGAAUUUUUGAGAAUGAUGCAAAAGACCAGUCUUUAUUAAUACUGUUUUUGGUUCCUUCUGGAAGUUAACAAAUUUGUACUUGUUAUACAGUUCCAUAAUAUCUGAAUAUUCAUUUUCAAUUUUCAGUUUAUAUGCACAAAUUGGUCUCUUGAUAUCUAAUCCAUGUGAGAAGUUAUAUAUUUCUACCAACGUGUUGUUAAAUCUACAGCAUCAAGAAACAAAGAAAAUGUAAUGAUUUCCUUGAACCAUGAAUCCUAGAACAGUAUUAAUUCCAACUGCUAUUAUUUUUAGAGCCCAUGGUCCAAAAACUUACAAUUUUUAAAAGUUUAAUGAAAUUGGCCCCACAUACAAAUCUAUUUGGUAAACAAGCCAUACUUUCCCUAUUAUUUUCCUUUUGUGCAACUCUUUAAAAACAGAUGAGCAUUUGCUUUUUCUUAAGUUAUUCAAAUAUGUAAAGUAUUAAAUAAAACUGUCUGGCAACUACGUUAUUUGCUAAUUUUCUUCCUAUAAAGAACAUCAAAACAGCACUUGUAUAACCCAGCUUUCCCUGUAAGUUUUACCUUAUAAGUUAGCAUUUAUUUAGUACUAAUAUCCUAGGACAAGUGCUAGGAAUUUUACCUGUUAUCUCAGUUAAUAUAUUACAACUUGGAAGCUGGUAGUAUUAGCUCCAUCUGACUACAUGUGAGAAAAUGAAAGUUCAGAGAAGUUAAAUUUAAAAACUGCUCAAUUGCUCAUAGAUACUA